AUGGCGCUGGCUGUUCGUCUUUUGCCCCGCUUGCUGCUCGCUCCGCCGCUGCCCGGCGGGGCCAGCCGACCCCGGACUCCCCGUGGAGCCGAGGUGAGACCGCCGUUGGCUGAACUCUGCCGCUUCUGCCGCCGCCGCCUCGGCUCCGGACCGGUCCCGCUUCCUCGAGUCACUUGGGCCUCGGCGCUGCCCGCUCGGGGCCCGCAGCGUCCCCUGCUCAGCCCUCCGGGACUACCCGCAGCCCUCUCCGCUUUCCCUGCCUACCCCCGGCGCAGCUACAGCGCCGAGGAGCAGCCCCAGCCGCGCCAGAAAACCAAGAUGAUCAUUCUGGGAUUCUCCAACCCCAUCAACUGGGUUCGGACUCGAAUUUACGCUUUCCUGAUCUGGGCCUAUUUCGACCAAGAGUUCAGCAUCGCAGAAUUCUCUGAGGGAGCGAAGCAGGCUUUUGCUCAUGUGUCCAAGUUGCUGUCACAAUGCAAAUUUGAUCUAUUGGAAGAACUUGUGGCCAAAGAGGUGCUACAUGUAUUGAAGGAAAAGGUUACUUCAUUACCUGAUAACCAUAAAAAUGCCCUUGCUGCUGACAUAGAUGAAAUUGUAUACACAUCAACAGGAGACAUCUCCAUUUACUAUGAUGAGAAAGGAAGGAAGUUUGUUAACAUCCUGAUGUGCUUUUGGUAUCUAACCAGUGCCAACAUCCCCAGUGAAACUUUAAGUGGAGCCAGUGUAUUCCAGGUUAAAUUGGGGGAUCAGAACGUGGAAACUAAACAACUUCUUAGUGCAAGCUAUGAAUUUCAGAGGGAGUUUACACAAGGAGUAAAGCCUGACUGGACCAUCGCACGGAUUGAACACUCAAAGUUAUUAGAAUGA